GUGACUUGGUGCUAAUGGAGGGGAGAGGGAGCGAGUGAGUGAGUAGCCUGGUGUUGAGGGAUUGAGUGGCCUGAUGCUAAUGGAGGAGAGAGAGAGUGAGUGAGUGAGUGCAGGGCCGGCAGAGGGGAAAUGGCAGCGGCGCUGGCAGUUCUGUCUGUCUGUCUGUGACUGACUGACUCUGCUCUCGGCUUCCCCCAAGCAAGAUGGACUCUCGCACUCGCUGUCUUGUCAGCGCUCGCAUCGACAUUUUGCACACAGCCAUGCAAACUUGAGCUUGGCCUACUUUGCACCGCCACCGUGCUGCUGGGCGAGGGCGGCCGGGGCCCCCACUUACACGGGCACUCGCGGCUGGCUCUUGCAUUGUAACUUGGCCAGUGUACUUUUUGUUGUUGGGCCGGCUUGUGUCGAGCUGCCUGGACCAGAGGGGGGGGGGAGGAGGUUUGUCUGAUCUUGCAAGUCGUCCUUUUCCCAAACACCCCGUGUUUUGACGUUGGGUUACAGUGUACCUGUGUCGUGGUCUCAGAAAAGUGAUUGAUUUCCAAGUUAAUAUCAUUGUUCUGUGCCAGGGCAGACUGUAAAAUUACAGCAUAUUGUAGUGUUUUAAUACGUAAGGCGUAAGUGUACGUCCCAUGUGCCUGUAGAGUGUGUAGAGCACUGUCGCUGACAAGUCCUGUAACUACUGGCUGCUACCACUGAACCAAUCCACAGAGUUGGUCCACGGCAAAUUCGUCGCAUUUCGCCGGAUUAAUUAAACACAAGCACCAUUUUUAGCCAGUUCUGUUACCAUAAGUUUGCACUUUGAGUCAACGUGCGCAAGUUUUAAUUCAUGCUUAAGUUAAAUACGGGUGUAAUGCAGGGGUGUCGAGUAUUUCAAAACCUCAGAGAAUGCCAAUGUUUUCAAAACUUCGGUUCUUCCAAUCGCGUAUUGUCGAAAAUCAAUGUGCGGAGUCACUGCUCGAUGAAAGGUGGUGAUCAAGUGCGAAGGAGUUUGGAAAAGGUUCAUUCUCAUCACAUCAAUUUCCAUUUUAAUUGUUUGGCUUGCCACCAUGAAAGCCAGCAGCAGAAAUAAAGACCACUCAGCAGAUGGUGAUGGAACUGGGAAACGACCCAAACGGAAGUGUCUCCAGUGGCAUCCGCUGCUUGCCAAGAAGAUGCUGGACUUCUCUGAGGAGGAGGAGGAGGAUGAGGAGGAUGAAGACAUUGAUAAGGAUGCCCUGAUGAGUACCGAGGGUCUGGAACACGAGGCGGAUGAGACGGACGACGACUCUUCCGAGCAACGUGCCCGCAGGCCAAUGAACGCGUUUCUUCUCUUCUGCAAACGCCACCGCUCCCUGGUCCGUCAGCAGCACCCUCGUCUCGACAAUCGCGGUGCAACAAAGAUUCUAGCGGACUGGUGGUCUGUCCUAGAUCCAAAGGAAAAACAGAAGUACACCGACCUGGCGAAGGAGUACAAGGAUGCCUUUCUAAAAGCUAACCCUGGCUACAAGUGGUGUCCGACCACCAACAAGCCUCUGAAGAGUCCCUCGCCCACCGUCACCACCAGAAAGAAGCUGUGGACCUUUCCAACAGACCCCACAAAGGACUUUCCCAUUAUCAAGCGGGUGGUGAAUACUGAGGAAAUGCCACAAAUCAACUUUGCCAUGGCAGAUCCCACUCAAAUGGGAGGACUCAGCAUGCUGCUCUUAGCAGGAGAACAUGCCUUAACGGCCAAGGAGAUUUCCUCCGGCACGGUACAGCCAGGGGUUGUGGAGUCGACAAGACCGUGUGGGAAUUCAGCAUUGUUUCAGUUAGCAGAGAUGUGCUCGGAUCGGCUGGUUACAGAGGGAGUGAAGAAUGAGCCUGGGACAGAGAUGGAGGAGGAGCAGUGUCGGCCUGAGAUCCCGUCUGGCAAUCCGGCCCUCGGUACACAGAGCGAUGAUGAAGCUGGGCCCAAGGAGUGGAUCACCAACGACAAACCCUUGUCUUUGCUAACUGGCAAUUCUGUGACGAGUCUUAACAAAGGGGAAAAAAUGAAGAAGAAGAAGAAAAAGAAGAAAGUUAAACUCGAAUCUACCAAAGUUGAUAAACAGACAUUUAAAAAAAGUGGCAAGAAGCGGAAAUCAUUGGAUUCUGACAUUGAUAGCUUAAUGUACACUAUAGACGCUGUGGCUAAGGGUGACUGGGGCACUGAAAAGCCUUCGGGAAGUCCAGUGAAAAGUGCUCGAUGUUCACCAAAGUCAACGGAAAAUCAGUUGCACGUUGACUCCAGCCCACCAAAGAAAAAAAUGAAACCAAAACAAAUCAAAUUACCCGCAGAGAAGGUCUCCGAACUUGACAACCUCUCAAAGGUUUGCGAUCUUGAGAAGAUCGCCACCAGCCCCGUCAAAACUGAAAUGUUUCCUGUCACGGAUCAAAUACUUCCCCACGAUGCACUAAGUGAAGUGAAAGGUGAAAACAAGGAACUGAGUAAAAAAACAGAAGCCUCUGGGUCCCGCAAAUCUGAGCGUGCGUGCAAAGGUGCCCUGUAUAAGACUCUUGUGUCAGAGGGCAUGUUGACAUCUCUCCGAGCUAACGUUGAUAGAGGCAAGAAAGCUUCAGGGAAAGGGGGUUCCUCGGAUCACGAAGGAUGUUGGAAGGAGGAAGAUUGGACGUUUUCAAAUGUGGGGAGCAGUGGAACCAAAAAGUUGAAGAAAUUAAAACCGAAAGACGAAUCGGCUCUUGGGUUGGGGAACCUCGAGCAGGAGUUUGAAAAGAAGUUCAACAGCCUUCCACAGUACAGUCCGGUGACCUUUGAUCGCAAGAACACGACGGUGACGAGGAAAAAGAAGAAGACCAGGAGUGGAUCCACUGAGCAGCAGAAAUGUGAUAAAGCCAUAGUCCCACAAGACAGCAACUCUGAGGACCACGCAGGGAAGGUGGAGCUGGCCGCGGCCGUUCCAAGCCUCCUGGCGGCGACCCAGGAGCCGCUUGUUGGCAGCCAAAAGCGCAAGGCCAGAAGAACCAAGAUCACGCACCUGAUCCGGACAGCUGACGGAAGAUUGUCGCCAGCAGGGGAUCUAACAAAGGAGAAGGUCUCUUGUAAACCGGAGAAGAAGAGGCAGCAGCGGAAGGCGGAAGGUUUGACUGGGGUCCACAACAGCAGCUGGGGAACUGAGCAGGCAUGCAGUAUUUCACCAGAAGUGCAAACUACAUCAGCUAUCCCAGCCUUCUUCAGUUUAGCUGCCUUGGCAGAGGUGGCAGCCAUGGAAAAUGCACACAGAGGUCAGCGUGCGGUGUCUCUGAGCCACGAUGGGCAGCCCAAGGACAUGGCACAAACCCCAGUACUUAUCUCCUGCGCUGACCAGUAACCGGACGUUGGUUUGUACCCUGACGACAGCCUCAGCACCGGAGCGGAGGGAGCGCGCGCGCGCACGGCCUGACAUGGACUGCAGUGUGGGAGUGGACGGGCCACGGAAGCACACGAUGAGCCAGGCGGUGCCCAGAGACCGGCUCACAUGCAAACCGGGCUCACCCAGUCUCCUCAGCUUUUGCACCCAGUCUGAAGACAGCUUGGUUAUAUCGAACAUUGCUGUUACACACAAUACAAGGCCAUGAAACCCUCUGGCCCCUCUUGCAGACGGAUGCCACGCAAUUAGAGUGUGAGCUACUCAAAUCUGCUGCAACUAUUAGCUUUUCUCAAGUAACACUGAUGCACUGUGCUAGUCACUAGAUAUCGUCAACUUUUCCCUUUUUUUAAAAAAAAAGCACAUUAUUGUUUAAGUUUUACACAAAAAACUGUAUAAUCAUGAACUUCUGCCUAAUCGCUGAGAUGAUGGUGCAAAGAAAAUUGUUCUUAAAAAUACUUUACCGUUUGCUCAUUGCAUUAAGUAAUUUUAUUUCAACAGCAUCAUUAAUUAGUUGAAACUAUCUUCAUCUGUCGCUGAGUUUAAUAGUGAAUCUGCCUCGGAACAGAUGGUACUUAUUUUUACACACUUUUUGCUUGUGUUUUUUUUUUCAUCCCCUUUGUUUUUUUGCUUCCUCUUGCUACAGCUCAGUGGGCCAGCACGGGGUUAGUUUACUGGACAUGACUGUUUUCCUAGAUACUGUUAAGAUAUGUAAAAUAAUUUGCUUAUUUUUUUAAGCAAUUAGGCACUAAUAGUGGCAUAAAUCCUGUAAGCUUUCUAGGUCUCAACUGUUGCACUGCUGUGUUUUUUACAGUGGAUGAUCAUUAUGAUGGUUGUAGGGUUACUAAUUCAGAAAAUUACUGAAGAGAUAUUCAGGUUUUAUUUCAGAAGUUUAUUAGCACAAAGAGAUCCACUUCUUCUGUCCGACCAACAGCUAGAAUUACUGAUGUUUUGUACGACUUUGUUUAAUACAAGCUGUUUCCUUCCUAUAUUGGUUGAAGAUCAUGUUACCAGAAUGGAGAAUGAAUAGGGGAUGACAAAGAUCGUUUCAAAGCAGUUGUAUGUACGUGAAGGAUGGUGAAGUACUCUACCCACGCCAUGCCCUUCACUGUAGUACAGCUGUAAUUAAGUACCACACUUGUUGGCUCAAGUUCCUGACGCCAAUGAUACCAGAAGUUGGCGGUGCAAAUAUUACUCCAUUGCCGGAUUUUGGUCUUUGAUAAGACACUCAUGGAAGGAACAGGACCAGCUGAAGACAGCGGGCUUGGUUAUUUGAGGAGACGGGAGCUCGGAGUUGUAAUAAAACACUGCAAGUAACAUGAAACGGCACGGUUAUAAUGAAGCCCGUAUCUCCAAAGCAUUCCUACCGAUUGACUGUCUACAUUAGAUCAGAAGCAAUCCUAAAUUUGGCCCGGGCCGUAUGACUGAAAUCUAAACAAAGGCUUAUGUACUGGAAGUCCUCAUUUUAAUAUGACAUUUGUUGGUAAAAUUAAUAUAUUUCCAGCUAGUUUUAGUGGCAAUGUUAAACUUUAGCUAACAGUUUCAUCUUCUUAAACUAACAUUUCAGAUUGAUAGCCAAUAAAUAGAAACAGUGAACUCGGAAGAGUGGAACGAUAACAAGGAUAAUUCUUUACAUGCAAUAUACUUUUCAGAGCUCUGAAGGAAGAUAAACUUCAUCUAUUCUUGAUAAAAGCCUAUUCUAGAUUCAGCAGCAAUCUUGAUUGUCAGAUUAAUAUGCUCUCUGAGUAAAGGAUCUUAACUUGGCUUCAGGUGGACCGUGAGACUGAGGGUUUGACCAUUUGUCGUGCUGCCCUCAGGUAGAUGGUGGCCUUUCCCAGAACUUCCAAAGUAGAUGUGAGUUGCUUUCCGUGCCUGAAUGCUACAAGCCAUCAUGGCCCUGUUUUAUUCAUUUGCACUCGUGUGUUUUGUUUGUUUCAUCUCACUGGCAGUUGUACAUUUGAACUCUGUCCCAGAUAUUAUCUGCCAGUAUUGAGGGGCAAACAAAUCUACCACAUAGCACUUGUACCUGAGGGAUGAGCAAUAACUUCCAGCAGCAUGGGCCACUGGGAAUGGUAGCUACAGCACCCCGGGUGGGACCAGAACUCAGCUUGCCUGGGAUGGGUCGGCAGUGAGGUGUUUGUUUAAUGAAGGAGACACAGUGAAGGAGAGAGGUGGGGGAUACAUGGGGAAAAUAAUAGCGCUGAUUAUGUGCAGGAAUCAAAAUAACUCUUGAGUGGAGGGAGUUAUAUUAUCCACAGUACACAAAGCACAGAAACCUGGCUAGACCCACUUCAGAUGAGGGAAAGGUGUACUUCACCAUCACAACUAAUGGAGUGUAUGCACGUUGUCAUUGGACCUAGCACAGGGUUUAAUUGAAUGCUGUGUUUGCAUGUGAUUCACCUCUCAGCGUUGAAUACAGCGGGCAGAGUCAAGCUGAACAAUUGGCAAGUCCGAGACGUUGUCGACAUGCAUUGCACCCUGGGUCUCUGAAUAUCAUUCAGAAAAUUAAUCAAUUACUUCAGCAAAGUGAGGUGUGGGCUGGAAAUGCACAAGCUUUGGGGCGAUUGUCGGAAGCGACACUUAGGCAUUGGUUGAGGUGAGAAUUGCUGAUCUGGGUUGCAAUAGCAGAAGAGGCAGACAUGACUCGAGGCAGCUGAGACUGCCACUUAUUCUGAGCUGACACACAAGAUGGAUGCACUUUUCUCACCAGAACAAUACAGGGAGCUGUAAACAAACGUGCGUUUAAUUGUAAAUUGGCCGUUACUUUGUGCAGAAGCUGCAGAUUACAGGUGACGGUGAGGCCCAGAUAAUGUGCCCAGACGGCCCAUCCUGGUGACAUGAUCUUUCACACGCGCAGACAACGCCGCGCUUCAUACUAUAUUUGGUUUCUCCUUUUCACACACUAGCUGUAAAUAACAUCUUGUUAACGUUUUGUGAAAUUGUCAUCCUUUGCUUGUCAUUAGAAAUAACGUCUCUCCUUGUUGUAGAAACCAGCUUUUGCCCAAAGUCUAGCUAAUAUUUAAAAUGGAGAAGUACACAAAGUAACUGUAUUUAAAUGUUACAAUGCUUUUUCACAAGUUGAGUAUAAUGAUAAAAAUGUCUACUUUUUAUGCCUGACCAAGUAGAAUAUAAUUCAUUGUAUUUUUGCAUUUAUUUUGUUUGUUUUACUGUUAAGUGAAGUUUCCAUGACAUUGAUAGGUGGGAUAUCGAGUUCAUCGAUGACCCUUCUUUGAAUUAUAGCGAGAGAGUGUGACUAUUUUGAAGUAUAGCUUAUUGCACUUGAUAUCACUUUUUUUAGCAUGUGAAAAGACUGCAACAUUUGAUCACCAACAUAGACAUGUGUGAGGUUGUAACAGCGGUAAUUGGAUGCCCCAACUCUGCCAUGGUGCCUGUUCCUUGAGUGUGGCCAGUUGCUUACAAUGGACAACGUGAGAGUUAGUGGUCGAGGGAGAGCGGGGAGGACAGACACAUCCUCUCUGUAACGCUGCUUCUGUUGUCGCUGCAGUGGUGAGCACAGGGCGAGUUUGCUGUCAAUGCCACAGUUGUACAGCAGGGGGCAGUAGGAUGAAUGUUGUUGUCUGUAGAGAUGUCUCGUUGAUAACUGCUCUGAAACAUCUGCCCAUUCACUUUGGCCCUUGUGUGCAUCUGAAGGGAUAAACGUGUGAGAAUAGGGUCUGUGCCAGAACCUUCUCCAGGCCUACGCCCCAAUACCAUAACUUUAGAAGAAGUUUGAUAGAGAGCCGAUAUUACCCGGUGAACGUGAGGCUGUGGGAGGAAGAGUAGGGAUCAUCACCGUGAACAGCAGGCGAUGAACCUUCAUCACCAUCACCUGCAAAUGGAUGCUUUCCUCAUGGCAUUUCAUUCAUUGGCAUCUUGAUAUUGGAAACAUUUACCAUUGGAAACAUUCCUCAAAUAUUUAUAAAUCAGGGUUGCAUAUUACCAAACGUCAUUCUGAUUAUUUGUUUUAAAUGCUGAAUCGUUGAGGAUUGAGUUAUCAAAUCAAUUCAGAGAUGAUUGUGACCACAACAAUCCUUCUAUCACUACUACAUCCACGUAAGUUGCAAUAAUUCUGUGAGGCUCCUAAACUGUUCCACCCACUGGGACUGCUUGUGAUUAAUGUGUAACUAAAAUGAUAUCAUGUCCCCUACAUGUUACUUCCUUCGUUUUAGUUACCUAAGAAUUUAUUUUAAUCUGUAGGGGAAAUGUCCGGACAGUCACAGCAUGGUUUGUACAGAGACUUAUCUAAUCUUCAAUGUAAGUGUUUUACUUACAAAGCAUCACAUGCAUCAUUUAUAUUUGUGUAUUUGAAGUAGCUUUUGUUACGAAGAAAUGCAAUGACCAGUCACAAUUUCCAUUGUGAGUGUAAUGGGUGAGGCAGUAAGGAUCGUCUUGUGUGUGUAGCGGGAGUUCAUACUCCUAGGAAGGAAGGAAGGAAGGAGGCAGUUGAACCUUCUUUAAGGCAUAACUCCGUUAUCUAUAAAGAUGGGAGAUGUGUCUCGUUCUGAUUGGAAACUUAGCCCAGUUACGUUUGUUUGAGACCAAGUUGAUGUCACUCAAUUUUUCUGACCCUGUGUCAUACAAAUAAAUAAUUGUUGCAGAGAAUUAAUAGGCUUGUUGUUAAAGAAUACUCUGAUUAGAAUGGGAAUGGCAACAAACUAUUGCUGCCUGUAAUUAAUAAUUUAUUCAGACAAGAGAACGAGGGAUAUUGCUCUUCACUUCUAGAUAGAAUUUCAUCAUUCAGCUCUAACAUGCACAAUUUUAUUGGAGAUGUUUAUUUUAAAUGGUUAGAACUUUAACAGAUAAUAUAACUUGUCAUUUCCUUUUUAUCUUCAAUUGUAAAGCAUAGAUUAGCAAACAAAGCAGGGAUUGGUUUGGCCAAAAACGAUAAGGUUUCUCUGAAAUUGGAACUGAAAACAAAUGUGGCUUUACAAAAUGUAAACCCUUUGAUAUUGUCAUGUCUUAGUUAUAUAAGUGCUGUAGCAACAUAUUUGUAGCCAAAAGAUUCAUUUGCAAUAGCGUUUCUUACACAUUGUUUAAGAAAAAUGUAAUUUUGGAAAAUCUAGAUUUGAAAGAAAAGUCCGUCUACCGAGCCUGUUAUGUGUAUGAACGUGUGUGUUUAUAUCAGACUCGUGUGGUCACAGGUUGCAGCUUUGACCAUAAUAACUGGACCAGUAAAAUACCCAAUUAAUGAUAGAGAGGAUAUUCAGUGAUAAGCUGGUGCUUACCUGCCGUUAAACACAGGUAACUUGCACAGGUGGCCAGCACAGGUGGCCUGCAGGGAGGCAGAGAGCAGUGUAAUGCACCCAAUGUGUUGACCAAAUCCAUGGUGCAAUUUCAUAAUUUAUUAGCACAAAUUAGUUUUGGCCAAUUAAAAUGAUUCCAGUCGUGUAUUUGUAAAUGGUAACUCAGCAAUAGACUGAAAUAUUUAAUUUUUUUGGAUGGGGAUAGAUUGAUGUAAUAAUGUAUAGUUGAUUUUAAUUUUAAUACCAAAAAUACAGGGAUGUUUCCUGAUUCACAAGAAGUAUUAAAGGAAUUGUAUUUCAUUAGAAUAAACAGCAGAUAGUCAAAUACCGCAGAUAGUCAGAACCAUGUUGAUUAGUUUAAAGGUUCAGCAUUAGUUUCUGUCAAUAUAUAAACCACAACCUUUAGGCUUUGGUUGAAAUAUCAUCAAAGUGUUUUAAAGGAAGAUUAGUCCACCCACCAAUCAUCCCAGACCAACAAGUACAUUUCAGUAUUUGUCUAAUGCUUUUUGCACUUAAAAUAGAAAUCGCUAAUAUUUGAAUUAAGCAAGAUAAAUAACACAGCAACUUGCGUAUUUAAUGCUUCAUUAAUAUCAAACAAUUAGAAAUAAGGAACUUUGAACAGGAAGCGUCAUUGUUACUCUUGUGUCCACCAGUCACAAUGUAAAUCCAUUAUGAAGCCUAAAAAACAAUCAUUUACAUUAAAAAGUAAUAGAUUUAGUUUGAACUCCAAAUUUGUUGUGUAAAUUCCAUUCUAGGAUUUCACGUAAUUUUGAUUCCAAUCAAAGUCUAGAUUGAAGCCGUUAUUGAAAUAGAGCCAUGUUAUGACUUUCUUUGGUUCUCUGAAUUAAAUGCUAACUCGCCAAUAUUUAGCAGUGUGUGGAGAUGUUUCUUGAAGUGAACGUCCACUCUGCCAGACUGGGCUGGACUGUCCAGCCACUAACUUUCCUUUCCUGUGGGGAAACUACCCACAUCCCUGCAUGAACCGGUGGUUUUGAUAUUAAUACUGCAUUAGGAGAGGGAGAUCACAAUCAGCAGUUCUUCCCUUCAGUUGUUGGAGACCUUUGAUCCACAUUGAUUGUACCGCUAACAUGAAAGUUCAGAGUUUCAGAUGUGUCACUGUAAACAUCGCUACCCAUCGUGCCAUUACGGCAUGUAAACCAUGGAAAACUCAGGAAGGGACUGAUCAAAUUCCUGGAUCAGGCACUUUACGGCAUAACUUCAUUCACCAAAACAUUGACAUUACAUUUCCCGCAAUACAAUUCCUCACUCAGAUCCAAACGCCAGAGGCUGCGGCUCUUUGCUCAGUGCUGGUCCCAGAUACAACGGGUCUCUUUGGACUUUGUUGUCUGUGUCAACACACACCCAAAGAGCAGGACAUUGAAAGACAAGAAAUCCCCCAUCGGCUGUGAAACCUGAGAUCCACUGCAGUGAGUUAAUUGAUGUUCAGGGGUCCUGGCUCACCUUGUGCUACAGGGAGACCACCAUGCUUGGAAAUGGCUCUUGUGGUUUGUCAGAUGGUGGUGUUUAAAAUCACCUGCAGCCUUGGUAACCAGAGCAGUGGUGGUGAUCAUCAACAUAUUGAAACAUUUGCCUUUUUUACUAUUGUUGCAGGCAACAAAGUAGAUGCCGCAGCAUUUAGCUGCACUGUGUUCCACAGAGUACUACAGUUCAUAAUAUACAUUGAAAGGGUUAAUGGCAUGACUGUUGUCGUUGCUGAAUCUUGCAGGGAACAGGGAUUGUAAGCUACUUGGUGAAACACACUUACGGUAACUGGGGGACUGCAGUGGGUCAUCGCUUCGAUGUUCCUGGAAGAGUCAUUUCAGUGAAGUAUAAUUCUGAAAAAGUGAAGCAGAAUUCUUGGUGAUGUUAGGAUAUCCCUAUUACAGGAGAAUCAGUUCCUGUUACAGAUGGUGCCUGUGUACAUAGCUCCUUUGUAUUGCUUUGAGCAGAGUCCCGUAUAUAUUUCUUACUAAUAUGCUCUGUAGAAAUUGAAUUCAGAAAUUUUACUACUGAUAAUUAAGAGUUUAAAGCCACUAAUUAUAUAAAAGUUGCAUAAUUUGACAGAUGAUCAUUUUAUAUUGCGUACUGUUUAUUGCCUGUGUUUAGUUUUGUGACUGAAACCGUUUUCCUUUCCCUCUGUUAUAAUGCUGUAUGCUGCUGCAGUGUUAUUCUCGCAUUAUUUCCUAGCAGGCAAUAAAGCAUAUUGUACAGUA